AUGGGCUUAGACAGCAAGGCGCACGCGCAAAAUUUCCCACCAGCUUGUCAAUUUCCGCCAGCUUUGGAGACAGAGCAUAAAGAGACUUUGCCCCUAUGGAACACAAAUGGUCGGAAAACCACGAAAAGAAAUGUCUGGAGUGUUGACAACAAAAUGUGGAGGCCGGAAGCCAUGAUCCCUAUCAUAGACCCCAAUUUGUUACGGAGGUAUUAUGAUAAGGCAUUUCGGAACCUACAGCAGACAAAUUGCCGGGCCCUCGCGAAAGCCUACGUUAAACUGGUGGAGCCCCGAAAGCAAGUAUACUUUCCGUACAACGGAAGGAAGAUCGUCGCGGGGGUCACUCAGCAAUUUGACCCUGAAGCGACCAAGCCGCCCUGGUGGCCUCCCGGAGUUAGUCACCGAGAGCCCGACCAUCUUCUCAAAGAAGAGCGCAUCAGGCUUCUAAUCCAUAUUUUGUGUGAGCUGCGUACUAGCCACUGUAUCACAACCGAAAAACUACGGGAGAUCGACCAGCCAAUUCGCCGGUAUAUAAUCCCAGCAGACCGAUUAUGCAUCAUAGAUGAGAUAUAUCGGGUUCGCCAGAAAGAGGUAGAUUUUUUGGAGGGAAGGAGUGAACCCACAUUCAACUACAGCGAACAUAACGGAGAGAGCAAUCCUUUUGAUACAGCAUCCAUAAAAAUCUCAAACGCCCCAUAUGAAUGUGUCGAGUCAGGCCCUACCAACAAUACUCCACCGGCAUUGCUUGCGCCUGUAGCAGAUUUCCCGGCCCACUUACCUCUGGAACAUUCCUAUAAUGUGCAGGGUCACUUUGCAGGGAAAUUCUUCGCAGGACUAGGUCCCAAGACCAUACGUGGCUUUGACACAAUUUUGCCAGCAUCACCGCCGCAUCGUUUCAAGAGAAAACGCGAAAGCGAAGAGAUGGCUCAUGUCGACACCACCAGGCCCGCGGUAUUCACACACAAUUUCUCUCCUUCGGUCAAUAUUGAUCUCCAAACCUAUCCAUUACAAUACCCCGGCUCCUUUUGCACAUUCCCUCAACAAAGCUUCGUGUCGCCUGGGCCUUUUACAGCGGAAGAAUUAGCGCAGCCAAACGAGAGUCGUGAUAUCUCUCACCAUUUUGGCUGUUGA